AUGGCCACAGCCGCGUCCUCCUCCUCCCUGGAGAAGAGCUACGAGCUGCCCGACGGCCAGGUCAUCACCAUUGGCAACGAGCGCUUCCGCUGCCCCGAGGCGCUGUUCCAACCCUCCUUCCUGGGCAUGGAGUCGUGCGGCAUCCACGAGACCACCUUCAACUCGAUCAUGAAGUGCGACGUGGACAUCCGCAAGGACCUGUACGCCAACACGGUGCUGUCGGGCGGCACCACCAUGUACCCCGGCAUCGCCGACCGCAUGCAGAAGGAGAUCACGGCCCUGGCGCCCAGCACCAUGAAGAUCAAGAUCAUCGCUCCCCCCGAGCGCAAGUACUCGGUGUGGAUCGGCGGCUCCAUCCUGGCCUCGCUGUCCACCUUCCAGCAAAUGUGGAUCAGCAAGUAGGAGUACGACGAGUCUGGCCCCUCCAUCGUGCACCGCAAGUGUUUCUAGGCGGACUGUUAGCCGCAGUGGCGGGACACCCUCUCUCGACGAAACCUAACGCGCAGAAAACGAGACGAGAUUGGCAUGGCUUUAUUCGUUUUUUUUUUUCUUUUUUUGGUUUGUUUUUUUGUUUUGGCGCUUUUGACUC